ACCACGCACUCCACAAAGAUCGAGAAUGCAGCAAUCUCUACGCUUGGAACUGCUAUUCAUCGCCUACGGGGUGAUUCUCGUUGUCUGGGGCGUCAAUGGGUUAAACAUACCCGAGUGCAGUGGUCAGAAUGGAUUUAUCAACAAUACGCGAUCCAACUGCAGUUACUCCUUCAUCAAUUGCUCCGGCCAGAACUCGAUGUUCUGCACGGACAACACAACCUGCAGUGCCAAUUUCACCUGUGGCGACAUAAUUCCUGUGGAUAAUUCAACUGCAUCGCCCAUCAUCACAACUCCGAUUGUGGUGACCACCGCUUCCACAACCGUGUCACCUUCUGACAUCCGGCGAGAGUGUCGUCAGGGAGUCACCAAGAGAUUCAGUUAUCCGCAGAACUGCAACUACUUCUACUACUGCGUGGAUGGCUUUCUGCUGGUGGAGCAAUGUCCUAUUGGCUAUGCAUUCGAUCCGGAAACUGGAGCUUGUGGUGGUCGCAUACGCAGCUCCAGCGAUUGUAUCUUUAAGUGAAAAUAAUCGCAGAGCACUUUUAAUUAAGCCUCUUGUCGUGUCAAAUAAACCAUAAUAGCUAGAAAAUAAA